AUGGAGCGAAGACGACGAGAACGAGGACAAGCGAAGAGAAACAGAGAACCAUAUCACUUGACAGAUUUAUUACUUUGGGUGCAAACUUUGCAGUUGCGAACUUACAUUUGCUGUCUAAUUGUACAAUCUACCAUUGCCACAAAAUUAGCUGAAACUGUCUUAAUCAUUUAUCAACAUCACAAGAAUGCUGAAGGCAAAUAA